AUGGCCCCGAAGGAACCAAACCGCCAUCAGCUCUCCUCGCGACUUGCUUACUCGCAGAACACUCCCACUUUCCUGAGGAAACUCCAGAACAAGUACUCGGGAAAAUAUAACGAAUCUGACGAGGAAUCAGAGCCAGAGUUCGAGCCUGAUGAUGGCUCAGGACGCCCACCAAUUCCCCGCCGUCCCCGCGAAAGACCACCUAUUCCGGAACGACCUGACAAUGACUUAGGGAGUGCAGACGAAGACGGGGACGACGAGAAGCCUACGGUGGUUGUAUUGAAGGAAGGGAAGCAUUUAACUGAACGUGAAGCAGAGAAUAUUCGGCGGAAGGAGAAGGGACUACCCCCGUUGAAAGAAGACAUCCCUAACAUUCCUACCGACUCAAACGAGGAAUCCUCUUCGUCUACACCGUCUGCAAAGCCGAAGACCACCACCCAAAGUCUGUCGUUCUCAACGAAGAAGCAAGGAAGUUCGAUCAAGGACUUGUCGACGUCUUUGAAGAGGAAAGGUGGGAGCCAGGCAGGGUCGAGCAGUGACACAACGAAAGAAAGCGGGGGCAAGAAGAAAAAGAAACAGAAAAAGACACUUCUUUCCUUCGGCGACGACGCUUGA